AUGAAGAUGAUUUGGUGGAAGAAGCCCUGCCGGCAGCAUUACCUGUGGGCCCUGGGCUGCUAUGUGCUGCUGGCUGUUGUUGCCCUGAGAUUUUCUCUUAGAUUGAAAUGUGACUUUGACUCCCUGGAUCUGGAGUCCAGAGAUUUUCGAAGCCAGCACUGUAGGGACAUCUUGUACCAGUCGCUGAAGCUGCCAGCAAAGAGAUCCAUCAACUGUUCUAGGAUCAUCCGAGGGGACUGGCAAGCAGUGUCGGAGGCUCUCCUGGACAACCUGGAGGUCAAGAAGAAGCGGAAGCCUUUAACAGACACGGACUACCUUAACAUGACCCGAGACUGUGAGCACUUUAAGGCCAAAAGGAAGUUCAUACGGUUCCCUCUGAGCAAAGAAGAGUUAGACUUCCCAAUUGCAUACUCUAUGGUGGUCCAUGAGAAGAUAGAAAACUUUGAAAGACUGCUGCGAGCUUUGUAUGCUCCUCAGAACAUAUACUGUGUCCAUGUGGAUGAGAAAUCCCCAGAAACUUUCAAAGAGGCAGUCAAGGCGAUUAUUUCAUGCUUCCCAAAUGUCUUCAUAGCCAGUAAGUUGGUUCGGGUGGUUUAUGCCUCCUGGUCCAGGGUGCAGGCUGACCUGAACUGUAUGGAAGACUUGCUCCGGAGCUCAGUGCCAUGGAAAUACUUACUAAAUACAUGUGGGACAGACUUUCCUAUAAAGACCAAUGCGGAGAUAGUCCUGGCCCUCAAGAUGUUGAAUGGGAAGAAUAGUAUGGAGUCAGAAAAACCUACUGAGUACAAAAAGUCUCGCUGGAAAUAUCACUAUGAGGUGACAGACACAUUGUACAUAACCAACAAGAUGAAGGAUCCUCCUCCUGAGAAUAUACCUAUAUUCACAGGGAAUGCCUAUAUUGUGGCUUCUCGAGACUUCGUCCGACAUGUCUUAGAGAAUCCCAAGUCUCGAAGACUGAUUGAAUGGGUAAAGGACACCUAUAGCCCCGAUGAGCAUCUAUGGGCUACCCUUCAGCGUGCACCAUGGAUGCCUGGUUCUAUUCCUUACCAUCCCAAGUUUCACAUCUCAGACAUGAUAGCCAUUGCCAGGCUGGUCAAGUGGCAAAGCCAUGAAGGAGACAUCAGUAUGGGGGCACCUUAUGCCCCUUGCUCUGGAAUCCACCAGCGGUCUAUCUGUAUUUAUGGGAUUGGGGACCUGCACUGGAUUCUUCAAAACCAUCACCUGUUGGCCAACAAGUUUGACCCAAAGGUGGAUGACAAUGUUCUUCAGUGCUUAGAAGAGUACUUACGUUAUAAGGCCAUCUAUGGGACUGAACUCUGA